UGGGCCGGAAGUUCGAUGGCAUACGCUUCGAACAGAACAACUCCCAGCGUUUCCUGUAAAUGGAUAAGGACCCCGGAACUUCCCUUGCCACAUCAGCCAUGUGCGCAGAUAUGCGCUCCCCAUCCCUCACCAAAGUCACUUUCGACCGUCCCAGCUUUGCGCUUGACGAACAGAUAUCGACUGCUCAUGCGCGAAGUAUCCCGGGUCCUGAGAAAUUGAACACCAGCGAUCUGAUGGGGACCCCCUUGACGAACCUUUUCUCUCAUGUGCCCGCACUCGAGAACCUCCACGUAAAUCAGAAGGUAAGGUUCAGGCGUAUGCCGUUCCUUCCGCGAGCGAAUAGAGCCUACCGACACAGUGGAAUCUCAGGAAAUGCUGCGGAUAUGUUCGCACUUGCUCGAAUGCCACAUACUUGGCAGAUACAGUUCUUUAGCAAUGGUGGUAGACAUCGCUUGGAUUCGACUGGCGUCUUGAGCACUUUUGAGCACAAUUUCUUUGUGCAUGCCAGGGACGAAGCGACUGUGAAUAAACGUAAUUACGACGAGGCCACGGACUUAGACAUUCCGUCCCCCGACAAACCUUGUCUGCAAUUGGCAAGUCUUGACGAUCCCUUUCGAGCUAAUUUGUCCAACUAGAUCUCCAUUCUCCUUCGAAUACCCUCGAGAUGAAACAUGUUUCAUCGCCUCAUUCUCUGGCCUGGGACGACUCUCAACCUUGUACUUUGCUGCAAGCUAGGGCUUUCCCUGUUGCGGUGGUUACGGGGCUUUGGUAGCAGGACGUUCUUCUCUCGAAUUGGAAGCGAGUCAUAUUCAAAAAUG